AUGUAUGUUCCAAAUGCUUCGAAGGGGGUGGAAACAACUAGUACUCAAAAUCUUGAUGCCAGUGAUACUAAUUUAUUUGUAGCUCCGUAUCCUACCUCACUGGAACGUAUUCGUCUACGGUUACGCAAACGAAUUUGGAAAAACAUCUCUUCGCUUUUAAUUGCUCUCCCUCUGCUAUAUGAUGAUGGUCACUUGAAAGCAGAAGUUACCACAGAGGCUAACUUGAAAGCACGAAAUUUGUCAUCAUUGUAUUUUACGGUUAGUAAGCCUAGUCAACCGACAAGCGUGAUAAAAACAAGUACAACAAAUACUCACCUUAGUGAAACUACCUUCCGCAUAAAAAAUGCAAAGUCUGAGCACACAGGAAUCUACAGGUGUAUUUUCAAAGGAGAAGUAAUUAGAGCAUGGUCUGUAACAGUGUUAAAGCCUGGAGACGAACCAUUUCGAAAUCUGUUUUCACAGCUGAAAAUUAUCCAAGAGAAACCGGAACUUAUUUCAGGAAACACUUCCAAUGGUGAUGAUGACUUAAAAUCCUUAGUUACACAACAUUUGAUCAACAAUAACUUGAAACUAUAUACAUACUGGAAUUCAUGCAAUAUUACUACACUGUUCAAAUCACCUUUCAAUAAACUGUCGCGUCUUCCUAAACGAAUCGCGAUACAAGUAAAUGAAGGUGAACCCCUCAUAAUCACAUGUCCAAUAAGAAAUUCAGUAGAAAAACCAAUAACGUGGUUCUAUGCGCCAGAUAAUUUUGAUGAGCUAAUAAAGUUAAUUAAAACUGCAUAUAAUUUCACUACUAUUAUUCAACAUAAAACACCAUUACGAUAUCUAGUUACUACAUUAAAGCAAGUCAAUUUUACAACAUUAAUACGUGAAACACGUGGACGAUAUAGAAUUGAUCCAGCUUAUAAUAUUAUUGUAGCUGAGACCGUAUCAUUGAACAAGACAAAGCAUAAAGAAUUACAUAAUUUAAUAUGCAUACAUGGUGAUGCGUACUCGAUUCCCAAUGGUUCAGAUAUUUAUCCUGAUUGGUCAGGUAUAAUUUAUAUAGAUGUUUUGCCACAAAGUUCUUUAGCAAGAAUUUUAUCAAAGCUAACACCAGUUAUUCAAAUAAUGAUGCCGUUUGUCUUAGCAUUAGGUAUAUUUUUUAUGAUAAUGCUCACUUUGUAUACUGAAAGGCGACCACAAAUGCGUUUAGCUGCCAAAGGUUUGGUAGUUAAAUAA